UUACUCUUACAGCUAAUGUAGACGAGCCUUAACAGAGAGAAGGAAAUAUCUGCAUAAACGUCCACAUGAACUACGUAGCAGAAAGAAACUUGAAAGUCGCCGCGUCGACGUUUUGGCCGACAUCGACUUUUCAUGGUUUGAUAUGCCAUCUGUAUACGUACCUUGAAAUAUCAGCUGAAACUAUAUCGCUACCAUAGACAUAAUAAGAAUAGACUGCGUGUGAGGGCCAAAACUUGAAGAUCAAGUAGAAAGAGACGGACAAUAGGUGCCGAGUAUCUUUCUCUCUCACACAAGGAAAGGAAUGGGGAGCGAAAAAGAGUAGUGAAACAGCUGUAUGCGGUUGAAAAGAGCUUUAAUUCAUACGAAAAGUAUGGAGGAUCAACAAUGUGCCAAGAAAGUCAAACUUGACGAAACUCCUGUUAUAAGUGAAGGAAAAGCACUAAUAUUAAUCACAACCCGGAAUGUAUUUUACAAUCCAGUUCAAGAAUUCAAUCGAGAUCUUAGUAUAGCUGUAUUAACGAUAUUUGCAAAAGACAGAUGGAAUGAGGCAUUACAGAAGAAUAAAUCAGAAAGAGAAAGAAACAAUGAAACUAAUACAUUAUACAAUGUAAAAAUAAAUAUGGAGAGACAGAAAGGUAUCACUAUAUUAGAAGCUCUAUCCGCAACUGGUUUGCGGAGUAUACGAUAUGCCAAGGAGAUAGAGAAUAUUCAACAGAUUGUAGCUAAUGACAUUUCUGCAAAGGCAGUAGAAACUAUCAGACAAAACGUUUUACAUAACAAAGUUGAAAAUUUGGUAACACCUUCUCACGAGGAUGCCAUGUUAUUGAUGUAUCAACACAAACGAGAUCGUUUCGACGCGGUCGACCUCGAUCCGUAUGGUUGUCCUUCUAUAUACCUGGAUGGAGCAGUACAGUGUGUAUCCGAUGGUGGUAUAUUGUUGAUAACAGCUACUGACUUGGCUGUAUUAGCUGGCAAUGUUCCAGAAACUUGUUAUUACAAGUAUGGAGCAAUAUCCAUAAAAUCGAAAUCUUGUCAUGAAAUAGCAUUAAGGAUAUUGCUGCAAUGCAUUGCGUCUUAUGCAGGACGCUACGGACGAUAUAUAGUACCAUUAUUAUCUGUAAGCGUUGAUUUUUAUAUAAGAGUAUUUGUCAAGAUCUUCACGAGCCAUGAUAAAUGCAAGGAAAACUCUACCAAGAUAGGAAUGUUUUAUCAGUGUACAGGAUGUGAGAGUAUUAAGUUUCAAAGCUUAGUAACAAAGAAGCCUUCCAGUAAUUACAAAUUACCGUGUGCACCUGUAGUGGACCAACUGUGUGAACAUUGUCAUCACUGGCAGCACAUGGGAGGUCCGAUAUGGUUAGGUCCUUUGCACGAUCAAGCAUUUGUAUCGCGAAUAUUAUGCAAUCUCGAUAGUACGGAGCUGACUACAUUGAAAAGAAUUGAAGGUGUUUUGACCAUGAUACAUGAGGAACUGGAUGUUCCUUUGUAUUACAGUCUAGAUCGCUUGAUGUCUAUAGUUAAAUGCCAUGUUCCACCAAUGUUGUUGUUCAGAUCAGCGUUAUUAAACGCAGGAUAUAAAGUGUCAUAUUCACAUGCAAGUAAAGUCUCGAUCAAGACAGAUGCACCGAACAACGUAAUAUGGGAUAUCGUACGUGCUUGGGAAAAGAAGCAUCCCGUGAAAAGAGAGAAGCUAGUUGCAAAUAGCCCGGCCGAACGAAUACUCAACGAACCAUCUACAAUGGACAUUUCACUCGAUAUACAUCCUCUCGCGAAUCCAAUUUCCCGGCAAAAACAUCUGUCUCGCUUCCAACGAAAUCCUACUGUAAAUUGGGGACCUGGUGCUCGUGCCAAAAUUAGAGUGGAUCUCGAAAAUAAAAUGGAAGAUUCGAAGAAAAUAAGAAAUCAAAACAAAAAUAGUAAAAAUAAAUCUGCUGCAUCCAAGCAGCAAGUGGCAUUGAAUGACUGAAGUGACUGAAUACUGAACUUGAACGACAAUCAGUUCAGCAAAUUUUCUAGGAUUUGUAUAUUCAUGUAUAGCAAUAUAUGAUACAAGACAAAUAGGAUUGUUAAUAUUAGAAUUAUUAAUAUUUGGACAGCAAUCGUACAUUACACCACACAUGUCAAAUGUAGAAAAAAAAUUACUAUAUUAAGCGCAGAAAUUUGUAAAAAGUAGGUUAACUCUACAUUGAUAUAUUCAGUAAAUGCACGUCACUUGCGUACAUAUAUACCGUCUCAUUAAAUUGUAAAUGACUGGUGCAAAUAUAAAAUGUAUCUCUAUUAUCUACAAUAAGAUGUCUUAUACAUUUUCUAAUGUUGCUUAUGCACACUUUUUAAGGAAA